AUGCAAUCCUACCCCGGCUCCUGCUUCUGUCAUAAAAUCACUUAUAACCUUAACCUCUCAUCUCCGGACGAUGCCCGCACGUCCCUUUGCCAUUGUCGCAGCUGCAAGAAAGCUUUCGGAACAAACUACGGUCUAACCGCCAAGGUCCCCAAGGAUGCUCUUCAGAUUACAUCUGGUACGCUGAAGGAGUAUGUAGGCGAUAAUGGGUCUGGGAGUAUGAUUCAUCGGGAGUUUUGUGGGGAUUGUGGCAGUUAUAUUUGCGAGUAUGGGGAUGCGGUCAAGAAUGAUUUCCGGUAUAUUUGUGUAGGGACAUUGGAUGAUCCGGAGGUGUUGCCGCCCAAGGGAGAGUUCUUCUGUCAGAGUAGGGUUCGUUGGAUGCCUGAGAUUCCGGAUGUUUUCCACAAAAGCAAGAUCAAGGAGUGA